UCUUCUCGUCAGAUCCACACAACUCAGUGUUGUGUCCGAAACGACACAUCCAUGGAAGGCACAAUUUCAUGGACUCUACCUCUACACCUUCACCUUUUCCCCUCAAAUCCCUUCACUAACAACCACCGCCACUUCAGAACCAAAGCCUCAGCAAAAUCCCCACCAAUUCGAACCCAUAAACCACCGCCACCGCCAACAAAAAACACCCGCCGCCACCAAAAAACAUCUAAAUUUCCGGCGAAAAGAGCUCCGAAACCAUUUGGCCAAAAGGAUGCAUUCCCAGAAUCCUUACCACUCCACACCAAAAACCCACAUGCCAUUUACAAGGACAUCCAGAGAUUCGCUAGGGAGAACAAGCUCAAACAAGCGCUCACCAUCUUGGACUACUUGGACCAACAAGGCAUCCCUGUUAACCCCACCACAUUUUCCGCUCUCAUCGCCGCAUGUGUUCGAACCAAAUCCUUAACCGAAGGGAAACAAGUCCACACGCAUGUACGCAUAAACGGGCUUGAAAAAAACGAGUUUUUACGUACGAAACUCGUGAAUAUGUACACGGCUUGCGGUUCAGUCCAAGAUGCACAUCAGUUGUUUGAUGAACGUUCUAUAAAAAGUGUGUAUUCCUGGAAUGCAUUGCUUCGAGGCAAUGUGAUAUCGGGUAAGCGGCAUUAUGGUAAUGUGAUUUCGACUUAUAUGGAAAUGCGAGAAUUGGGGGUCGGAUUAAACGUUUAUACUUUCUCUAAUGUCAUCAAGAGCUUCGCAGGCGCGUCAGCGCUUUGGCAGGGUUUAAAAACUCAUGCCCUUAUGAUAAAGAAUGGUUUUAUUGAUAGUUCGAUUCUUCAGACGAGUUUGAUUGAUAUGUACUUUAAAUGCGGAAAAGUUAAGCUUGCCCGUCGCAUAUUUGAAGAAAUUGGAGAGAGAGAUGUUGUUGUUUGGGGAGCGAUGAUUGCGGGUUUUGCACACAAUAGACUGCAAAAGGAAGCUUUGGAGUAUGUCAGGAGGAUGGUAGAGGAAGGAAUAAGGCCGAAUUCAGUUAUACUUACUACAAUACUUCCUGUUAUUGGAGAUGUUUGGGAACAUAAACUAGGCCGGGAGGUUCAUGCUUAUGUUGUAAAGGCGAAGAGUUAUUCAAGGCAGAUUUUCAUUCAGUCUGCCUUGAUUGACAUGUAUUGCAAGUGUGGGGACAUGGGGUCUGGGAGACGGGUCUUUUAUGGAUCAACGGAGAGGAAUACUAUUUGUUGGACUGCUUUGAUGUCGGGUUAUGCCUUGAAUGGGAGGCUCGAGCAGGCUGUGAGAUCAAUAAUUUGGAUGCAGCAGGAAGGGUUUAGGCCUGAUGUUGUGACAGUUGCCACUGUUCUUCCAGUUUGUGCAGAGUUGAGGGCUCUAAAUCAAGGGAAGGAGGUUCAUGCUUAUGCUUUGAAGAAUUGGUUCCUACCUAAUGUAUCUAUUGUUUCCUCUUUGAUGGUAAUGUACUCAAAGUGUGGUAUCUUGGAAUAUUCUUUAAAAUUGUUUGAUGGUAUGGAACAGAGGAAUGUGAUCUUGUGGACAGCCAUGAUUGAUUCAUACAGAGAACAUGGUAAUCUAAAUGAAGCACUUGGUGUGUUUAGGUCGAUGCAGUUGUCAAAGCAUCGGCCAGAUUCAGUUACAAUGGCAAGGGUAUUGAGUGUUUGUGGUGAAGUAAAAAUUUUGAAGCUUGGGAAGGAGAUUCAUGGACAAGUCUUGAAGAAGAAUUUUCAGUCUAUCCAUUUUGUUUCUGCUGAACUUGUGAAAAUGUAUGGGAGUUGUGGAGCAAUUGAUUAUGCAAAGUUGGCUUUUGAUGCAAUCCCCGUUAAGGGUUCAAUGACAUGGACUGCAAUUAUAGAGGCAUAUGGAUAUAAUAACCAAUAUCAAGAUGCAGUGGAUCUUUUCGAUCUGAUGAGAUCGGGUGGCUUUACUCCAAACCAUUUCACUUUCAAAGUGGUUCUAUCUAUUUGUGAUCAAGCUGGAUUUGUUGAUGAAGCUUGCCAAAUAUUUAAUUUAAUGCAUCGUAGAUAUAAAGUUAAGGCAGCUGAAGUACAUUAUUCUAUAAUGAUUGGACUUCUUACCCGUUUUGGUCGCACCAAGGAGGCUCAAAGAUUUGUACAGAUGAGUUCUUCCUCAUUAUAACUAAGAGGCGAAUGGGGCCUUCACUCUUUUGUUUAGGUUCAAUAAGGUUCGUUCCUGAAACUUGCUUAUGAAUAACCCAUAUUCCAUAACACGUUAUAAUGUGCAAAUGUAUAGUCCUGUUGUAACUUAAUGUAUGGCAUUUUUAUCUAUCAGUAUCCAAUGAAGCAAGAUGUCAUUUUAUCUUUUCUGAAAAUAUAAGGAGACAUUUCUGAAAAAAGAAUAUA